GAGAUGCCAGGUUACAGCCACUUGGACAUUCAGACACACGGCUCAGGGCCCUCACCUGGACCAGCCCCCUCCCCUCCUCUGUCCUGCUAGCAGCACCUGUCCCGCUUCUCCUGGCUCCAGCUCCUCCUUAGCCUCGGGGCCUGGGCUGCCUGAGGGACCGGGAGUAAGCCCUCCACACCUUUAGCAGGUGCAGCUCGGCCCUGGACCCAGCAUGGAGAAGGACUUCCAAGACAUCCAGCAGCUGGACCCCGAGGAAAAUGACCACCAGCUGGGCAGGGGCGAGGGGCCAGGCCCUCAUGGACACAGUCCUGGGAGAGAGGAUGCAUUUUGGAAAGGAGCGCCCCCUCCCCAGCCCCUUCUGCUGCGGACUCUCUGCUCCAGCUUCUGGCUCAGCCUGCUGGUCCUGGGCUUCAACGUCCUGCUGCUGGUGGCCGUCUGCGUGAUCGGGUCUCAGAGAGCACAGAUGCAAAGGGAGUUUUGGGCCCUAAAAGACGCUUUCAGCAACUUCUCCGCCAGCACCCUCGCCGAGAUCCAGACGCUCAGCUUCCAUGGAGGCAGCACAGGUGACAAAGUGACAUCUCUGGAAGCCAAGCUGGAGAAACAGCAGCUGGAGCUGAGAGCAGAUCACACCACCUUGCUCUUUCACCUGAAGCACUUCCCAGCUGACGUGCGCAUCCUGUCCUGUCAGAUGGCCUUCCUGCGAAGCAACGGCACGGAAUGCUGCCCGGUUAACUGGCUGGAGUAUGAAGGCAGCUGCUACUGGUUUUCUCGCUCUGGAUUGACCUGGACCGAGGCCGAGAAGUACUGCCAGCUGGAGAACGCCCACCUGGUGGUCAUCAACUCCAGAGAGGAGCAGAGAUUCAUUGCACAGCACUCGAGCCCCUUUCACACCUGGAUAGGACUCACUGAGAUCGAUGGCUCCUGGAAGUGGGUGGACGGCACAGACUAUGGGAACAGCUACAGGAACUGGGCCUUUGGUGAACCAAACAACUGGCAGGGGCACGAGGAGGGCGGAAAUGAAGACUGUGCCGAACUCCGGGAUGAUGGGCGCUGGAACGACGAUUUCUGCCUGCAGGUGCAGCGCUGGGCGUGCGAGAUGACUCGCAACAUCACCGGCUAGGAGCCCUGACCCCAGCAGAUCUCCACCUGCACCCCAACCCUACCCUGCUCCCAGCGUCUCUACUGGGGACUUGGAAGAAAGGAAGAACAGGCAGAGGCAUUGGGAGGAGCUGAGGGAAGAUGGAACAGAAUGGUUUCAGAAUCUCAGA